CAUGCAUCAUCCACAACACUAAAUUCAACUCCCACCUUCAACAACAUUAAUUCUCCUCAAGAUCACACAAACCCCAUCGCUCCUCUUCCUUUUGCGUCUUGCUUGCCCAAGCCUCCUCUUUAAUAGGCUCGGCACUUCACUCGCUUCUUUCGACAUCCACUUGCUCUCGUUUCGACGUUGUGAAAGGAGCCCAAGCCGCGCCAAUUCAACGUAUUGGUGGUCAACCGCAAUAGACCGAGUAGAUCUACGACAAUAAUCCUGCCUAAGAAUCGAUAUUUCUGUUAGAUAUCUCAGCACAUAUAUACUUGUCAACCCUUUUUACGAGAUUCGUCGAGCUCCCUAUUCGAAUCUUAUGAUCUAGACUCGGAGAAACUCGCAUCGCGCCAGGCACCAGGAAACACUGGCCACUCGAAUCUUAUAUUGGCAUCUUGUGUCCCAGGUUCUUCUAUAGCCUGCAUACUACACAAAAUGCGUCUCCUCCGGAUAUCCUCAACGGCAUGCAUAAUCCUCGUUCUACUAUGCCUCUUCGCGGUCUCUCACGCCGCCGACACCGGCAUGCCUACACUGCCCAACGGGGACUCCACAACGGCGGCGGCAAAGACGAGUGAUUCCAAAGCUACCACUACAGCAGCGAAGACCACAGACUCGUCAAGCAAAACAACACCCGCGGCCAAAACCACCAAAGCAUCCUCUUCAAAAGGCGCCCUAACCGAUCUCCCAACGCUCUCAGGCGGAUACAAAUACCCACCACCAUCUGUCCCUCCGACCGCCAACGCGCCAUUCAUGCAACACUCCAAUCUUCCCGAAGGUACCGUGUUCAUUGUUGUCGGCGCAGCUCUUGGCUUCCUCGGCCUCGCCGUCCUCGCAUGGCGCGGCUUCCUUGCCUGGUCAUUGCACCGGUCCGUCCGGCGCGCCGCGAUGCACGAGAAUGCUCGGGAGUCUAAAGCCAUGCUCCGUGCCCCUGGUGCAGGAUUCUACUCCACCCACGGCGGCGGUAGCUCGACGCUCUCUCUCGACGCGCUCUCUACUCCAGUCACCAAACAUGCGGCUCGGCCCAAAUCCAUGCCUCCUCCGCGAGACUCCCUCUUCUUCUCCCCCACCGCUGGCGCUGGCCAGCAGUACGCCGCUCUGAACAACAACAGCCCCAACAACAACACCAACACCAACAACAGAGCUUCUACCUACUUGCCAGCGGGCUACUAUGCAGCCGGAACCGCCCAUGCCGGCUCCGGCGGCGGUGCAGGAGGAGGUGCAGCAGGCAGCUCGUACAAUCUUUCUCCCAGCCACGCUUACUCGCGGUCUCGCUCUAGCCCUCCUUCGUCUCCUGGACUAUCUCCUCAGCGCGGUGGCGGUGGUGGCGGCGGUGGAUACCGUGAUUCGACAUACUCGCGAUUAUCCAAUCCCGCUGCGCUUUCUCACGAAAGUCUGACGUCCCCGCCCCAGGGCCGCGCCCCGAGUGCGUAUCUCGAGGACUUGUUUGAAACGCAUCGGACGGAUACUCAUGGUGGGAAUCGAAUUUAGAUAGCUUUUUUGUUUUGUCUUUUUUCAUCUUUUAUUUUUCGUCUCCAUUACGUCUUCGUCUUUCCUACGUUUUCCUCUUUUAUCUUGUAUGCUUUGGUCUUUAUUACGUCUUCGUCUUAUAUUUUAUUACGGUAUUCACGUUUGUUUUGUUCAUUUCUUUCUCCCUUUUCUCUGUAAAAUGGAUUUACUUAAUCUAGCUCUCCCUUAGCGUCAUCUUCUCCCCCCUUGUUAGAUGGAUAGUACUAUUCCUCUAUUUUUUCCUUGUCUUCACUGCACAUCCUUGGACUCCUCCGGGCUUUCCCUUUCCCCUUUUAUCUUUUCCAUUUUCCAUUUUCCUUUUUCCCGUUCAUGUAUCAUAUGUGAUCAAAACAACUACAGCAGCUAGCAAUAUCUGUAUAGCACGAAUUUAUGAUAUUAAUGGCAA